GGAGCAUCGUUGUUUCUACUAUCACAUAAACCCGCUGAAACCAGUCUCUCUACGCAACACAUAGGGCCAUGGAGGCUCGAGAAUUCUCACACAUAGACGCCGAAUCAAACGAGGAGACAUCCGAAAUGCUCUUCACUAAGCGCCGUUGCGGUUAUUGCAUACCUUGUUUCGGUUCCUCCAACGGAUCAUCGCCGAAUUUGAACUGGUGGAGAAGAAUCCGAACACCGGAGAGGGACGACGGAUCGUUCUGGGUUCGAGGGAUCGGCGUCUUCAAGAAGCUGCGCGAGUGGUCGGAGAUCGUCGCUGGUCCGAGAUGGAAGACUUUCAUACGACGAUUCAAUCGGAACAAGAGUGGUGUAAUCAGCAGGAAUGCGAAAUUCCAGUACGAUCCUCUGAGUUACGCGCUUAAUUUCGACGAAGGGCCAGGGCAGAACGGGAAUCCUGAGGAGGAGAUAGAUUACAUCUCUCGGAAUUUCUCGUCAAGGUAUGCUUCGGUUCCGGUGUCCGCCAAGACGUCGAUGGACCUCGGCAAGGACGAUCCCACUUUCGUUUAAUCGCCGCCGGUGGGUCGUCAGUGACAUGGUCGAUGCUAGGCUGGCUUUUGGGUGACGUUAACGGGCUUUAUUACAUGUCAUCAGUAUCUACGACUUUUUACUCUUUUAUUAAAAAUUUGGGUAAAUCCCAUUUUUCUCUUAAAGAGACAAAAAAAAUUUGGUUGCUCUUGAACAAUUAAUUUUUUCCCAUUAUUCUCACAAAAAAAUUAAAAUGUUACAAUAUAAUCUAUCUAUCUUAUUUAAGUUUGGUCGUUCAUCUAUUGGUUAAUUUAACACAAAAUAGACGGACAAUCAAACAUAAAUAAGACAAUGAAUUAUAUUGUAACGUUUUUAUUUUUUUAAAGAGAUAAUAUGAAAAAAUUAAUCAUUUGGGGGGAGAAAUUGAGAAUUAAUUUUAUCUUUUAGGGGCAAAAUGAGAUUUUUUCUAAAAAAUUAAAAUUAAAAUGAAAUUGAUGUUGUGUAU